GUCAAAUUUGAUUAUUCUAAUAAUAUAUGUUUAUCGUUGAAGUGAUGAACAAUUCGGUUAUUUUGCGUAAUUUUCUCCGAUGUGCAAAACAUGUGUUUCUGUUGUGGAUGAGGGGUCGUGACUUAGAACGUCUACAAGGAUGGAGAGGUGACAUGUCACAGCGCUUGUCUUCAUCUGGAGGGAAUGGACGUGAACAAAAUGAAUGCCUCCUUGCAACUGGUGGAGCGUCAGUGUGGCCGCUACCUCAACACCUACGCCACCUGCAUUAACAACUUCCCCGAAACUUGGCACCUCGACUGCAACAAACAGAAGCUCAAACUAGCCAGCUGUGCUGAGACGGAGCCUACAAUCAAGAAGAUCAAGACAGUCUGUGCAGAUCAGUUUGAGAAAUACGAGUCCUGCGUGGUGGCCAACCCAGUACAUAGUGACCACUGCCAGCCUCAGUUUGACCUGUUCAACAAGUGUGCGCAGACAGUGUCUUCCCACAUUACAGGUAAAGAUGACCAACACACGGGACCUGACCUCAGUAUUCUGUAGGGAAGAAAGAUGCUCAGCAUCAGGACCACUCCUGCGUGUAGAGGUUCAGCGUGUGAGUGAGUGUGUAUGUCCACACGCAUGGAUACUAUCAAACUGUGUGUAUGUGUGCGUAAAUGUUCAAAGUGUCUGUACAAAUAUACAGCUUUACAGGUCUGGGUGUGUGGUGUCGCUGGUGUGUGGUGGUUUGUAUACAAGAGUGGGUUCUGACAUAUUGCUUAAUGAGUUUAUCGUUCCAAGAAGUAAGUGAGGACAUCCAUGCUGUAGACAUCCAGACUUUGGAGUCAUGCAUUCACACAACUGUACAUGUUACCACUAUAUUAUCUGUGUAUAAACAGAGGACAUCCAUAAGUGAUAUUGUAUGUUUGAUGAACCAUGUAUGUUGCUGUGUCCAGCUUGUUUAUUGUAAGUUGCACUAAUGUAUUAAAACAGCCGAAUCAAGA